GACGCCGACCCAGCUGUCCGAAGAUUAUUGUUUCCAUCUCCAUUGCACUCGACACACUCGACACGACAUCUUCCACCUUCCGAAUCCAGCAUCUCGUCCCUCACUGCCAUCAUGUUCGCCGCACGCAAGGUCUCGCAGUCCGUCCUCGGCGCCGCCGUCCAGCGCCGGGCAUUCUCCGCGACUGCUAGCAAUGCAUCCAAGGUCGUCGUCCUCGGAGCCGCUGGUGGUAUCGGCCAGCCUCUGUCUCUCCUCUUGAAGCUCAACCCACGAGUGAGCGAACUCGGACUCUACGAUGUGCGCAUGGCACCAGGUGUUGCCGCCGAUGUUGGACACAUCAACACCAAGAGCACAGUCGUUGGCUACGAGGCCGGUGAGGCCGGUCUGGCUGCUGCCCUCAAGGGCGCCAACAUUGUGGUUAUCCCAGCUGGUGUGCCACGCAAGCCAGGCAUGACCCGUGACGAUCUGUUCAACACCAACGCAUCGAUCGUCCGCGACCUGGCCAAGGCCGCCGCCAAAAACUGCCCUGACGCUCACAUGCUCAUCAUCUCGAACCCUGUCAACAGCACCGUCCCAAUCACCGCCGAGGUGUUCAAGAAGGCGGGCGUCUACAACCCAAAGAAGCUCUUCGGUGUGACCACCCUCGACGUUGUCCGUGCCUCGCGCUUCAUCUCCCAGAUCAAGAACAACGACCCAGCCAACGAGAACAUCACCGUGGUUGGAGGUCACUCCGGCGAGACCAUUGUCCCACUCCUCAGCCAAGCUGGCCACAACCUCGAGGGUGCCGAGCGUGAUGAGUACGUCAAGCGUGUGCAGUUCGGUGGUGACGAGGUUGUCAAGGCUAAGGAUGGUGCUGGCUCUGCCACCCUCUCCAUGGCCAUGGCUGGUGCCCGCUUCACCGAGUCCCUCCUCAAAGCCGCUCAAGGCGAGAAGGGCGUUGUCGAGCCAACCUACGUCGACUCACCGCUUUACAAGGACCAGGGCGUGAACUACUUCGCGUCUAAGGUCACUCUUGGACCUAACGGUGUUGAGGAGAUCCACCCAGUUGGCAAGGUCACCGAGCACGAGCAGAAGCUCCUCGAUGUGUGCUUGAAGGACCUCAAGAAGAACAUUGAGAAGGGUGAGCAGUGGGUCAAGGAGAACCCUUAGAUUCACGAUUGUAUGAAUUGAGGAGGAAGGAGUAAACGAACGAUCGAGCAGAGUCCGGUUGUGCGCUGGACGCUGUGACGGAGGCUGCUUCUGCAAUGGGGGUUUUGUGGCAUAGAGCUUCUGUAACCCAGCUGUAGAUUACUGUAUCCUGCAAAAGUCGCGUGUACCAUUACUCAAUGUCUAGUCACCUUUUAUCAUUGAUUCACGUCUGAGCAUGACCCAAGC